AUGCUUUAUGCAAAGUCUUCGAAAUGUGAGUUUUGGCUCAAGUCUGUGAUGUUCCUUUUGCAUGUGAUUUCUGCAGAAGGAGUUGCUGUGGACCCCAACAAGAUCGAGGCAGUGAUGGAUUGGGCGAGACCCAAAACUGUUUCUGAAGUUAGGAGUUUCUUGGGUUUGGCCGGGUACUACACGAGGUUCAUUGAGGGAUUCUCCAAGAUGGUCUUGUCGUUGACUCUCCUUACUCGGAAGGAGACUCCAUUUGUGUGGACUCACGAAUGUGAGGAGUGUUUCCAGGAGUUGAAGGAGAGAUUGACAACAGCACUUGUGUUGAUCCUUCCUGAUCCUGCGGAGCAGUUUGAGUUGUACGGUGAUGCCUCUGAUUUGGAGGCAUUAUCUUUAUGGUAUGAAGUUCGCUGUGUUCAGUGA